AUGCGUCGAAUAGUUCAAAGAAUCUCAGGAAACGUGGUGGCUUCUCGCUUAGCUGCGCGCCUUCCGGCCGUCAGCACAGGCCUCCGCACGGCCGGCGUUUUGCCGCAACAUGUGGCCCGCCGGUACCAGUCUCAGAGCACUGAGAAUCCUGGAAGCACUGUCGAAACCCCGGAGGAUCUCAAGGCGGCAGAAAACUUUGAUGAGGAUGUUAUCAUUGAACCGAUGCCAAACACGGCAGCGACUGGCGCCGCGAAGGAGGCUGGCGCUACAGAGGACUCGGUGAAGGCGGCUGUUGAUACCGAGAAAGUCGUAGGUGAGAGCACCGAGCUAGGCUUCAAGACAGAGACUCUCCAACUACUUGACAUUGUCGCGUGCAACUUGUAUAGUGAUAAGGAGGUAUUCAUUCGCGAGCUCGUGUCCAAUGCUAGCGAUGCGCUGGAAAAGCGCCAUCUGCUCGAGGUUAGUAAUCCAGAAUACGAAAGGGAGGCGGACGAUGAGGCCCCGCAUAUUUCCAUCACAUGCAAUCAAAGUAAGAGCCGCUUUGUUAUCCGAGACACGGGCAUCGGGAUGACGAAAGAGGAGCUUAUUGAGAACCUUGGCACAAUCGCCGGCUCCGGCAGCAAGGCCUUUGUGCGCGAACUGCAGAACAGUGGUAAGUCCGCGGCGGAGAACAUUAUCGGUCGAUUCGGUGUCGGGUUCUACGCCUGCUUUAUGGUAUCGCGCUACGUGAAGGUAUACAGCCGCAGCGCUUUGAAGGGUUCCAAAGGCCAUCUGUGGGAGUCUGAUGGGACCGGAAGCUUCAAGGUCUCGGAGUGCGAGGGUGUCGAGAAGGGCACGAAGAUUGUGUUGGAUAUCAAGGACACAGAGUUAUCCUUCUGUACCCCACAGGUGGUGGAGCGGGUGCUGAAGAAGUACAGCAAUUUCGUCUCCUAUGAGAUUACUCUCAAUGGUGGCAAGGUGAACACUGUCGAGGCGCUAUGGACGAAGGAGAAGAGCGAAGUCUCCGAUGAGGAGCACAUCGACUUUUACAAGUUUAUCUCAGGCAGUUAUGACAGUCCCAUGUUUCGUCUGCACUAUUCCAUCGAUGCUCCUUUGAACGUGCGGGCACUACUGUAUGUGCCUCAGUCCCACACGGAAAAGUACGGUGGCGGCCGUAUGGAGUGCGGUGUCAACUUGUAUUCACGGCGCGUUCUUAUUCAAUCCAAGCCGAAAGGCCUUCUCCCGGAAUGGCUGCGUUUUCUCAAAGGGGCUGUGGAUAGCGAGUCCAUCCCUUUGAACGUUUCUCGUGAGCACACGCAAGAUGGCGGUAUGAUGCGCCGACUCAGCACCAUCCUCACCAAGCGCGCUAUCCGGUGGUUUGAAGAAGAAAGCAAACGGGAUCGUGUCAAGUACGAGCGUUUUAUCAAGGAGUACGGACCUUUCUUGAAGGAGGGUGUCUGCACCGACCAGAUCCACAAGAUGGACCUCGCCAAGCUGCUACGGUUUGAAACGACUAAGUCGGACAUCGACUAUCCAUACGUCUCUCUCGACGAAUACCGGGAUCGGAUGCAGCCUAAUCAGACGAACAUUUACUAUAUCAGCAGCCCCUCAAAGGAGAUGGCGCUGCAGUCGCCGUACUUUGAACAAUACAAAGAACACGACCUGGAGGUGCUCAUUUGUACGGAGCCGAUUGACGAUUUUGUCAUGCAGCAUCUCGACACCUACGCGAAGCACAAGCUCCAGAAUGUGGAAAUGUAUGAUGCCGGCAUGGACGGCUACGUGCAGCACAAGAAGAAGAUGCUUGGCGACAAGGCGGAGGACGUUAAGGUUGAGAAGCGGCUCAGCGAGGUGCAGGUGAAGGCGCUUUGCGACUUUAUCACGAAGCGGCUGGUUGGCCGCGUUAGCGUGGUAAAGGCGACCGACCGUCUGCGUGACAGCCCGGCUGUGUUGUCGGACCACGAGUCCGCCCAGAUGCGGAAGAUUUAUCGCAUGACUGGCCAAAUUACGGGACCACCGCCGAAGUACAACCUUCAGAUCAACCCGCAACACCUGCUCAUUCGCAAGCUCUACACGAUGUCGCAAUCGGAGACGAAUGAUAUGGUGGAGACGGCGGGGCUGUUGUGUGAGCAGAUCUUCGACAAUGCGGUGAUCGCCGCCGGCUUGCUGGAGGACCCGCGGGCGAUUGUUUCACGUCUGAACACUAUCAUGUCGCGUAUGGUCGAGAAUGUUCCUGAACCGACCGCGGAUAGCCAGUAA